GGUGUCAUAAAACUGAUGGAGGAGAAGGUCCAGCCGCUGAUCGUGCCGUCAAUACUCGAGCACGAAGCCAUCGCCGGUCUCUCGGGCAACAAGCCGGGCGGGAUGAGAGGUCGUGCCGGAAGCGUGGCCCGUUGAGCUGGAGUCGCCGGUCGAGCCCCAGAAGGCCCUCGACCUGCUCUUGAAGGAGAUGACGCAGUUCUACCGCACGCUCGCCAUGUUCGGCACCGACCCCGAGCUCAUCACGCAGG